UGAUUAUUUUCGACAUCUCUGUUCUCUCCUCAACAGCAUAAAUACUCUACAACAAAACCAUUACCAUUCCCACAUUCAGCGCCUUUUCGCAUUUCUAUCACUUUUACAACAACAACAACUAGAACAGCAACAGAGACCCAUUUAAGAACUUUGUCAGCAUGGCCGUCCGUACUCAAUUUGAAAACUCUACCGACAUUGGUGUCUUCUCCAAGCUCACCAACUCCUACUGUCUCACAGCUCUCGCUUCUUCUACAAACUUCUACUCUGUCUUUGAAGCCGAGCUCGCCGAUGUCGUGCCCAUCGUCCACACCACCAUCGGUGGCACCCGAAUCAUCGGUCGUCUCACCGCCGGUAACAGACAUGGUCUUCUCGUCCCCAGCUCCACCACCGACCAAGAACUACAACAUCUCCGUAACUCUCUCCCCCCCACCGUCGCCAUUCAACGAGUAGAAGAGCGUCUGUCAGCUUUGGGGAACGUUAUCGCUUGUAACGACUAUGUGGCUUUGGUGCAUCCCGACAUAGAUCGAGAGACAGAAGAGAUUAUUGCCGAUACACUCAAAGUUGAAGUUUUCCGACAAACUAUUGCCGGCAACGUCCUCGUUGGUUCUUACUGUGCCCUCUCAAACCAGGGAGGUCUCGUCCACCCCAAGACAUCUCGAUCAGAAUUGGACGAGUUGUCUUCUCUCUUGCAGGUCCCUCUUGUGGCGGGUACAGUGAACCGAGGUUCAGAGGUUAUCGGUGCGGGGUUGGUCGUGAAUGACUGGUGUGCUUUCACUGGUUUGGACACAACCGCUACCGAGGUUAGCGUUAUCGAGGCUACCUUCCGAUUGCAAGGACAAACUUCUACCGCUGUCAUCAACGAAAUGCGAGAUUCCCUUAUCGACCACUACGCUUAGCCUUCUUUGGGAAAGGACGCGUAGAUUGUUCAGUGGGUGGCGGAUGUAUUCAUGAAGCAAUGUAUGUGGAGGUUGGAACCUUGUGAAGGAAAGGCGGGGGAUGAUGAUAGAAGGGAAGAUGAUUGCAAAGAUAGACCGGGUGUUAGCCUUCUGUAAUCGGCCUUCUUUGACUAUAUUGUCAAUGGUCGAGCAUCCAGAAUCGUUCUUGCCUGAAAGCGUGUAAAAUAUAUUCUUGAAACAUGGAAAGCGACGUUAUUGCUACUGAUCCACGCUGUACCGGUGGAAGUAUCGCCCCAGAAAGGGUGAAAUGGCCUCGUCCUGCUCCCCAGCGGGAGGCAAAGCAUCCCUGGGGUCUCGGGGUGUUGCUUUGAUGUUGGCCAGGGUCUUUGGUGAAUGAUGAUAGUCUUCUUCUCUCUCCAAAAGUUUCUCAAAUGCAGGAUGCACCCAU